AUGCCGAUGGAAAAUGAAGACACUCAUCACUCUCCCUCCGAGCCUGUAAUGGAGGAGAUUCAUCACUCUCCCAUAGCUUGUGUAGCUGAUGAGCAUGAUUAUCAGAAAGCAAAUGAUUCAAUAUCUUCUCGAGGGGAUGACGACGAUGAUCUUUAUGAAGAUGUAGAGUUUUUGAAAGAAAUCGACUUUACAGGAAUCAAUGAUGAUAUUCCAACAAACAUCGAGUUUGAUUUUGGUGAUGAAGAUUUUAAUCCUUUUCUUGAUAUUCCCAGCAGCCAUGCAAAUAAACCUCAUGGAGUAGUUGAUCCUCCUUCUGUUCAAUCACCUCUUGCAACUGAUGCUCUACCUGUUGACCCACCUGUUCCAAGAACAACUACCAUUGUAGAAAGAUUUGAAAAAGAACCUAAAGGAAGCAGAGCCAGAAUCACAAUCAAGCGGGCAAAAGAAUCACAAAGCAAAGCAAAGGUCUUCUAUUCAUGA